AAUAUCAUUGCUUCAAUAUUACUUAUCUAAUUGCAAUAUCGAAUUUGUAUUAGUUUAUAGAACUACUAUGAGGCAAUCAUAUUCAUAUCUUUCUACAAACUAUAUGGGGACGGGUUUUUUGAACUUUUUAGUUCGGCUAACCGUUAAGUUUUAAACAUCUUCCUAUCCAACAAAAAUGAUUGGAUCCAAAAAUCAUUAUACUAGGUUGAGUUUAAUAGGUUGGUUGAUUUCAUUUUUUUAUGUAUUUAAUGAAUUUGUAGAGCAAUGACAUGUCUACAUAUACACUCUACACAAUAUAUACUACUGACAUGAUAAAAUUGUCGUCCCAUUUAAAAUUUUCUACAACGCGAUCAAAAGUAUGAAUGACAUUGUUUUCUUCACCAUUAUUUAUCUUUAUAUUGUAUGUAAAAUAGACAAGUAUUGUGAUUUGAACUAAUGUAUCUUCAACAACAGACAAGAGUCAUUACUACCAUGAUAGUUAAUUCGAGUUUGAAUCUGCUGGUCGAACAAAUUCUACCUAAACCUGAGUAUCUCAGCGGGUGUCGAAUGCCCAGUUGGUUGUGUACUCGGGCUCGAUCAAACCCAUGAAACCCAAUCAAAUCGGAAAAAUCCGCCCGAUUUAACCAACUGAUUUGUGCACCGGGCCACUUCAAAAUGAUGUUGUUUUCAACAAUUUGUAUACCUAGCUACGUUAUCAUAUCAUCAGUUUGCUUAUCACAGAACCCUUCAACGUGGAACAUCACAAACAAUGUUCGACUAUCCUAUCGUCUCUUCUUCUUGCAUUAGAUUCGAGAGCCUAUAAAGACUCAACCAUCUCAAAAGCCAUCAUAAUCCCGCAAUAGUAAAUUUAAUUCUUAAAUUAGUAUUAAUUUUCAGACCUACAAUCAUAUUCAUAUAUUUGUGUAAACUAUAUGGGACUGGUUCUUUGAACAUUUUAGUUUGGCUAACCAUAAAAUUUUAAACCUCUUCCUAUUCUGACAUGAUUGGAUCCAACAAUCAUUAGAAGUUUAAUAAGUUGGUUCAUUUCACCUAUUUUUAAUGUGCUAAUGAAUUUGUAGGGAAACGACAUGUCUUUAUAUACACUCUACACAAUAUGUAAUAUUGAAAUGAGAAAAUUGUUGUCUCCUUUUAAAUUUCCUACAACAAGAGCGAAAGUAGGAAUGCUAUUUUUGCUUCACAAUUCUUUUACAGAAACUACCAACUUCCAAAACCCAUAAAUUGUAGCUCAAAGUAAAAAUCAGAGGAUCGAAAAUCAAAGUUCACAAGUGUUAUUUCAUAUAUCAAUUAUUUGAGAGAUUUUUCUCUCUAUAAACAAAGUAAAAUGAAACAAAUUAUAGCCAAAUCAACAACUUUGGCUCGAAGACGAUGACCGGCUUCUUUGUGGGAGAUAGGAAUACAUGUGGUGGCAUCAGAGAUCUGGAGAGCAAAGAUGAAAAGGAUACAUGUGGCACGAGAUCUAGAAAGUUGUUGAAGAUUUGGAUGAGAAAUAAAAAAGCUUCCUACUUCCGAAGAUUCACCCCAAGUUCGUGAACGCGGACUGAGAAAUGUAUCAUCAAAUCAUGGGCUUGGACUAAAUAAAAGAAUAGGAGGUUAGUUAGAUGGCCGAUUAUAUAAAAUUUGCCAAUUUGAUACAUCUACAGGAGAUCUCUAGUGUCGGCUUACGAAACAAAGAAUCGAAGGGGAAGGGGAAGAAAAAGGUAUAGACUUUUUUAUUAACAAGUAAUAGAGUGCAUCGGGUGGAUAGGCGAUGCAUUCAAUUCUAUUUUCUUUUAAAUAAAAUAAAAGUAAAAAAUUCAAUAAAAAACUAAAAACUGUAUGGUAAACUUUGGUGGGUUUCUAUUCAACUUUUGAAAUAUGUUUCUUUUUCUGGCCUAAUCAGAUUAUUUAAAGCUAUCAUUCUACUAAAAUAAUGUUAUUUUUAUUUUUUCGCUGCAUUGUUGAAAUAUUUUGACCAAAACAUGUUAGUCAGUAUAAAUGAUAUAUUAAUUAAAUUAAUAUAAUAUUCACACUCCUUCGACACACUCAAAUUAUAAUUCUCAAAGAAUAUACGCAUUUACUCUCCCGUUUUGGCUCCCGCUUCACGAAUUGGUAAGUUAAAUACGUCGAGUCAAUUUUGUAGACAAAGAGACUACUAGCAGAACUCGCCUUCCAUCACAUGUUGCCUUCCUCGCAAACACCUCCACAUUCAAUUCCCACUUGGUCGUUCCUCAAUAUUUCCACAUCUGACACACACCGCCACCAUAAGAGUGCAACCUUGAUCACGUAAUGAAUACAUGUUCUGGGAGUGCUUUUUAGGAGCUCGAAGGAGGAUAGUGGAAAGCAACAUAUUGAGAAACAAAUUUAGAUAGUCCGGGCGACGAAGAAUAUUAUCAAUAUGUAGAUGGGAUUUUAUAUAAUUUAUAAAUAUAUGAACAAUAUAAUGACUUUUUCGUAAAUCCGGGCAAAAGCGGAUUAAAACGAUUGGACCAUUAACCCUCAACCCACUUAAUCGACCAGGCCAACAGGCUAAAUCGGGUUGACAAACUUUGAUACUUUCAAAUUCAUAUAUUCUAAAAAAAUUGGUUUCCAAUUUUGAUGAUUGAGUCCAUUCGAUCAAUAAUUGAGGACUUUCAGACAGUGGUUGAAAUUCAAAAGUCAGUCUUCAAGGUUCUUUCAUAACAGACAAGUUUUUGUAUUUAUUUAUUGCUGGGUCGAAGGACGAUGGGAUUGUGGCUAUUAAUUAUUGGGAGUAGCAUAUGGAGAAUAUAAGCCAUAAAAUGGGGGUAAUUUUAAUUUGUUAAUACGUAUAUACUAUAUAGUACGAGAGCAUGUUUGUUGUGAAAAAUAGUAGAGAGGUAGAUUUGAAAAAAAUGAAUAAUAGAAUAACAAUUUAUGCUAUUAACUUCACAUAAAAAGUCAAAGAUCAUAUUGAUACUGUAGAAUUUAAGGGUUUAUAAUAUUUAUAUUUUCUUAACUUUUGUACGUGCAUUAGUAUCUAACACUUAACAACUGUUGUCCCAACUUUACUUUUGAAGAGAGUAGUAAUAAAACAAGUGGGGAAGCUCUCUCUCUCUCUCUCUCUCUCUCUCUCUCUCUCUCUUGACGGUUCACCGCCUCUGGCGUUUGAGCGGAUCGUUUGCCGCCUGAUCUGCGGCGAUCGAUUGUUGUUUCCGGCGUCUGCGUCGGCCGCCGUUCUGCUACACUUUUCGGUACUGAUUUUGCAUUUCGUCAAGAAUGAGCUCGUUGCCGAGUCGUUCGUGGGCAGAGCUUUUCAGCAACGCAGAGGAGAAUCACUUGGUGUACGUGAAGCCUGAAAUUGUGGAUGGGGGUUUACUUAUCUCUGCGGAAUUGGAAGAGGAGGGCAUUGCAAGGUGGAAGCACUGCCUGGUAGGCCAAAUCCUUUCUUCUUCUCCUCACAUUCGACAAGUUCAAUCUUGGCCAGAUCUUCUUUGGGGCAAGAAGGGGUCAAUUAGGGUUUCGUGGCUGGUUGAGAGGUUGUUGCUUUUUCAAUUUCCAACUGCUGAAACUGCUCACUGGGUGUUCUCGACUGGUCCUUGGCAUCUGAAGAAUGACAUGUGUUAUCUGAGGAAGUGGGAGCCAGGAAUUAGGGUAGAACAACCAAGGCAGACGAUUCCUAUAUGGGUGCAUUUUCUAUAUCUACUCUUGAGCAUGGCACAGGUCGUAUCCUUACGAGGCUAGCUAGUAUGAUUGGCAAGCCUCUCUGGUUUGAUAAGUCCACUCGACUAGGCCAAUGAUUGGGGUAUCCUCGUGUUUGUGUUGAGAUGGCGGUGGACUCGGAGUUCCCGGACUUUCUGCGUUUUGUUCCUGAUCUAAGGCAUGCGUAUAAUGUGCAUUUUGAUUCUGCAAUAAACCAAAAAUCUGUGCUAAAUUCUGCAUGUUUGGGCACAAUUGUAUGAAGGAGAGUAUGCAGAAGGUUCAGGGGGCGAGGCAGGAGGUUCAGGAUAUGGAUCAAGUUGUUGAGGUUGGGCAGCAGGAGUUAGGGGUUUUUGUUGAGAUCCCCAAGAGCAAAGUGAAGUUCUAGGCACUCAUGAUGAGGCAGUGGCUGGCUUGUCUCAGGAGGUUCCUCAGUCUGCUGGUGUUGAAGGAAUUACCUCUGAUCAAGAAGGUUUACAGAUAGUCGUGGGGAAUAUUGUUUCUUCUUUAACUGAGGGUUCCACUUCUUGGCAGGGGUGUGGUUUACCAUCCGAGAUGGAGUUUCAUCAAGCUGUUGAAGCAAAUGAGACAGUUCAAAACUCAUUUGGGGUACUAUCUUCUCUAACUCAGUUUGAGGUUGGUGAGUUAGUGGUUUCUCCCUUGAAGGAUCCAGUCCAUUUCCCUGAACUAGGGAAGGAGGGGUUACAAAAGAGAAGGGUAAGCCUGGUAGGCCUCCAAAGGGGUAAAACACUCUACUAAAUAAUGAAUGUGUUAGUUUGGAAUAUGCGGGGAUUCAAUAGCCCUUCAAAGCAAGACAAUAUAGCGGAGUUGAUCCGCAAACAUCAGGUGGAGUUAGUAGCUAUUUUGGAGUCUAGAGUUAGUUCAGAUAAAGUAGAGAAAACCAUAGAUGAAAAAUUCCCUGGAUGGGAACAUAGAGAGACUUAUUCAGCUGUUGGUGUAGGAAGAAUUUGGGUUCUUUGGAAAAAGGAGCUGACAUUUAGUGUCGUGGAGAGUGGCAACAAUUUUGCUCAUGGUAUUCUUAGGGAAGGGGCUCAAACUCAGAUAACUUUUGUAUAUGGUUCAAAUGAUGUUGUAGAAAGGAGACAGACGUAUCAGGACAUUGCUAGGAAGGUAGACUUAUCGAUUCCUUGGCUAGUGGCUGGUGAUUUUAACGCGAUUGUAGACAGUACUGAAUCAACGAGCUAUAGCUGAUUGAACACAAAGUUAUGGGUCCUUGGUUUACCUAUUCCAAUAAACAACCUGAAAACCCAAUAGCUAAAAGGCUGGAUAGGGCUCUUGUUACAGAAAGGUGGCUGGGGGCUCAUCCAAGGAGUUCAGUAAGGGUCCUUCUGCCAGGGCUCUCGGAUCACUGUGGAUUACUUAUCAGUGUGGACUCAAGUAUUCAAACUUUGCGAGGCAUAAAAGCUCGUCUGAAGGGUCUUAACAAGGAGUGUUAUUCUGAAAUCCAUGACAGAGUCCUAAAAGCUAAGGAAGAACUUGCUCGGGUGUAGCAAGAAGUGUUGGAGCGCCCUGCCUCCUCAGCUUUCCAGGCUGAGAAGAGGUGCAUGGUCCAUCUUCUUGAGCUCCAAAGGCUGAGGAGUCUUUUCUUAAGCGGAAGUCAAAGCAACAAUGGGGAUACAAACUCAUGUUUUUUCCAUAGUAUGAUGAAACAAGGCAGGCAAAAAAUACUGUUAAGCAGCUAGUUACAGAGGAAGGGCUUGUACUGGAGAACAUAGAGGAGAUUGGCCUAGAAGCAAUAAACUUCUACAAAAAGUUACUGGGUACUCAGGACUUAAACUUGAGAAGAGCUUCGGUGGACACGAUAAGGAAGCUAUUGAAGUUUCAUUUGGCAGAUGGUGGGGAGGAAUUAUGUUCUAUGGUCACAAGUGAUGAGGUGAAGAAAGUGGUAAUGGGAAU